UGGUACAGCCUAUCCCCCGCUACAAGAAGUUAACUCUACUGGUCUUCUUGUUUACAAAUUUGACAUAGCGUGUAACCCCACUUUUCCAAGACCACUUUAAUUGCAGUUAAUUGUAAUUAUAAAAAGAAAACACCGAUCACAUUUAACAACUGCACCAUUACUUGACUAAUUUUGGUAAACUGCAAUUUAGACAAUUUUAGGGGUGAGCAAAUACUUUUGCUCUUAGAUGCCAAGUGUUAAAGAUGAAUCUGAGCCUGAUGGCGAAGAAAUGUCACAUGAUAGCAACAACAGUGACCAAAGCUCUGGUUCCUGUGAUAGCAGUGCAGAUCAUAGUGAUAGCGAUGAUUCUUCUGAGAUGGAUGACGAUGAAUGUGAAAGGAGGAAAAAUGAAUGCAUAGAAAAUCUUCUCGAUCUUGAGAGACAAUUCUCUCUUUUAAAAGAACAGCUUUAUCGAGAACGAAUUACUCAAGUUGAUACAAAACUGGGUGAAGUAAGAGUUGGAAAAUCCGAAGAAUAUUUGGUACCUUUAGAACGCCUCAAAGAAAACAUGAAAACAAAAACUGAAGUUGCUGGUGUGUUGAAGCAAUUGCGAUUACAAAAUAUUCAAAAUAAGUUUUUGGCUGAAGAGCAGGCAGCAUUGCAAAAUUUUCAAAGUGAAAAAGAACUCGUUUGGGAUGCAAUUCACAGUGAUCUUCAAGAAAAAAUAAGACGAUUAGAAGAGGAUCGCAAUAACGUAGAUAUUCAUGCUGACUUGUGGUUGAAUUCUAGUGGCAAAAGAAGAAAAAGCCAUAACGAAAAGAAACGGGCUAUUCCUGUUGCUGGCCCUUAUAUUGUCUACAUGCUAAACGAUGUUGAUAUUCUCGCAGAUUGGGCGCACAUUAAAAAAAGUAUUGGUAGCAGAAAAGUUGAAAUCAUAUAAGCUGCCAGAAUAAGUAAAAAUUUACUAAAAAAUUGAAAGUGAAAGUGAAAAAGCAAAUUUAUGGUAUAUGGAUAAAAUAACAUAUUUUAUUCAUAGUUUCUAAAAGUUGAUUAUGUUUCUAACUUAGAUAUUGUUCACGAUUAUCGAUGUUGUAUUAUAACUAGACCUUAAUAUUUAAGAAUUUUGUAAUAAAUACCACUUGUGGAGUAUU